UUCGUUCCGAAAAUAAACAGUCGUUCGGAAAGUCUCCAUAACAUUUCAGCGCAAAAUUUUGAAAACUUUUAGAUUUGACAAUGCAAGAAAAUCCAGACGAUAAUUCAUAUGAAAACAUGUUAAAACAGUCGAAGAAAUUUCUAAUAGAAGUGAAACAGAAUUACACAUCACUUGUUCAAGAAUGGAACUUGUUAAACAAAGAAAUAGGAGACAAACUUAAGUCCAAGAACACUUGGACAGUUGACAAAGAAGAUCUUUCUCAGUUAGCAGCAGAAAUUGCACAGUUGAAAGAAAAUUUACCGAAAGUCCUGAACAAAAAUGUCAUCACAGCAACGUCUAAGAUAAAUAUCAUUGAGGAAGAAUUGCAGAACACUAAGAAACUUGCAGAAUCCAAACAGUUAGAAGCUUCUCAGUGGAAAGCUCGAUGUGAAGUGGCAACAGCAGACUGUCAAAAAGAAAAAGAGGAGAACAUAAAAUUGAAAUGUGAAGUUCAGGAGCUAACUCAGCAGUUAUCUCAACAGUCUGAUUAUUGCUCCAGCCUAGGCUCAGCAUGUUGUACCCUACUGUGGAGAGUAUCAAGGAAUGAAGAGAGUAUACAGUCAAUACUUGUUGGGACUAAGAUUGAUGAGUUUCUGUGUCUGGUUUCCAACACUCUAGAAAGUUAUUUAUCAGCCUACAAAGAAGAGUGGCCACAGGAUACCAGUGAAGAACAGAGCUUUAUAUUAGCUCUUUGUGGAAUCAUAACAAACAUAGCUGCAUCAGCUCUUGGCAGAGAUUUCUUGGUGACUAAUCAGUAUGGUAGACAGUUAAUAGACACAUAUCUCAAAGUACUAUCAGAAGCUCCCAAUGGAAAAGCUGCUAAGUUGAAAAAUUUAAUUCUGAUGUCUUUAUACAAUAUAAGUAUUAAUCAGAAGGGAAUUAAGUACAUCUGUACCAAGAAAGGAUUGUUGGCCUUGCUGUCCUGGAUUUUACAAGAUGAGAAGAUUGUGGAUAACAGAAUUAACUCCCUUAGACUGAUCCAAUCCAUCAUAUGUGAAGAUGUGAAUAUAAGUCUGAUCCAUGAAUUAGAAGAAGCUUUACCGAACCAAAUGUUUGAAGAGUUACUACAAGAGAAGAACAGAGAUAUAAAAGAACUUGCUUUGGAGAUACUUUCUGAUAUCCAGCAACAUAAAACACAUGAACAAUGAAUGUUAUAUGCAUUUGGCUAUUUAUCAUGCUGAUUGAUGUGUUUGUUGCAAUAUAUCUUUUGAACAUUGAAAA